AUGCGCACCGCCUCCAUCCCACUUUCCGUGCCUCCCGGAACGGUGAUGGCUCUCCACUGCCGUUGCUCAUCGGCCAGACGAGCGCUUUCGUCGGCCAGUCAUGCAUCGCCAAUACAGCCGCGCAGACUUUUCAGACCCGCGUUGGUCGCAAGCUACCAGCAUGGGAGGCGCGCUCUGUUCACCGAGACGCUACCUACGGUCCUGGUCCCGCCUGCAGUCUUCCUCGGCUGCUUCCUGGGCCUUUGGUCGUACAAGAUCAUCAUGACCAUUGUCUUCCAAAACAAGAUCAUCUACAUGCCUUACAUGCCCCCCUUUGCUCGUUCCGAGAAGAUGGACGAUUACGCUGCCGCUUGUAGACCUGUGCUAUGGGAAGAGAAGAGGAUCAGGUCUCUGGACGGAACCCGAUUAUCUCUGUGUCUCGGUAGUAUACCACCGAAAGAUACACCGAAUGAAGCAUCGGGAACCACCCAGCAGCGAGUUGUGAUCCUGUAUUUCCAAGGGAAUGGGGCGUCCAUGCCGCCGCGCCUGCCGAUUUUGACUAAGGUUCUCAGAGCACUGAACGAAAAUCCACCUGCGAAUCAUCCAGAUUACAGUAUCGUAGCCUUAUCCUACCGCGGAUUCUGGACCUCCAAGGGCAGAGCCUCGCAAAGAGGCAUCGAGAAAGACGCUCAAGCCACUCUCGCCUGGGUUGAACAGAAUUACGCUGGUGCUCAGGUCAUCCUUUGGGGCCAGAGUCUUGGAGCAGGUGUGGCAGCAGACUUAGUAGCCCGGCAACUCAAGUCAGUAUCCCUUUCGACGAACCCCAACCGGCAGCUCGCAAUUUCUGGAAUCAUUCUCGAGACUCCUUUUAUCGGAAUCAAAGAGAUGCUUCUUGCCCUCUACCCCCAAAAGUGGCUCCCUUACCGCUACCUUUGGCCAUUCUUGCGGAACUGGUGGGACAAUGAAGGAGCACUUCGUAGUAUGGCGGCUUUGAAAGGCCAUCGAAGACUACCAAUACAGAUAGUCACCGCCGCGCGAGACGAGAUUGUGCCCGAAAGUCAGGCGCAAUACCUAUACGACCUAUGCAGGGAACUGCGGCUUGACGUUCGUCGUAAACAUGUCCACGGAGCUCUUCACAACGAGGUCCCAAGCAAGCUCGAUGGACGACUCGCCAUCGUUUCUUUCGUGAAAGACGUCGUUGAGUGA